GGAGACCGGAGUGCACCAGGAUUGGCUGCAGAGGUUCGUGACAGCGGCGUCUAUUGGCUGUGAUAGCCCCCGUGACGCGGGGUGGCGACUGGCUCCUGUGUCUGAGGGGCUCCUGCUUGUCAGGUUCUAGCUCCUGUCUUUGGCUAGACCUAUGAUUAUUCCUGUGAGACUUCACUACGUUUUCUCAAGUGUCUUCCUCAUCCUUAAUCUGUAAUACCUCAACAUGGACCUGCUGCUUUAGCUAAGACAUCAGCAGCAAUGAAUAGUAGUAAGGUGUGGAGAUUUAUCAGGGCCCACUAUUCCAUUGAUCUCUAUGGCUGGCCAUAUGUCCAUAUCAUACUAUCUUGAUUACCGAAGUGUCUUAGAAAGUUUUGAAAUCAGAAAACAUAUGUGCUGAUUAGAAGGCUCACUUGUGCAGCGUGGAGGAUAAACAGUGCCUUACAAAAAUGGGGUUUGGGAGUGACCUGAAGAACUCACAUGAAGCUGUGUUAAAACUGCAAGACUGGGAAUUACGAUUGCUGGAAACAGUGAAGAAAUUUAUGGCUCUGAGGAUAAAAAGUGACAAAGAAUAUGCAUCGACUUUACAGAACCUCUGUAAUCAAGUUGAUAAGGAAAGUACUGUCCAAAUGAAUCAUGUCAGCAACGUGUCCAAGUCUUGGCUACUUAUGAUUCAGCAGACUGAACAACUUAGUAGGAUAAUGAAGACACAUGCCGAGGACCUGAACUCUGGACCCUUACACAGGCUUACCAUGAUGAUCAAGGACAAACAGCAGGUGAAGAAAAGUUAUGUAGGUGUCCAUCAGCAGAUAGAGGCAGAGAUGAUCAAGGUUACAAAAACAGAAUUGGAGAAAUUAAAAUCCAGUUAUAGACAAUUAAUAAAAGAAAUGAAUUCUGCCAAAGAGAAAUAUAAAGAAGCUUUAGCUAAAGGGAAGGAGACAGAAAAGGCCAAGGAACGUUAUGAUAAAGCUACAAUGAAACUUCAUAUGUUGCAUAAUCAGUAUGUAUUAGCAUUGAAAGGGGCACAGCUUCAUCAGAAUCAGUAUUAUGACACCACACUUCCUCUGCUUCUGGAUUCCUUACAAAAGAUGCAAGAAGAGAUGAUAAAAGCUCUAAAAGGUAUAUUUGAUGAAUACAGCCAGAUAACAAGUCUUGUUACAGAGGAAAUAGUGAAUGUUCAUAAAGAGAUUCAAUUGUCAGUUGAACAGAUAGAUCCUAGCACAGAAUACAAUAAUUUCAUAGAUGUUCACAGAACAACAGCUGCUAAAGAACAAGAAAUUGAGUUUGAUACUUCCUUAUUGGAAGAAAAUGAAAACCUUCAGGCAAAUGAGAUCAUGUGGAAUAAUUUAACAGCAGAAAGUUUGCAAGUAAUGUUGAAAACUUUAGCAGAAGAACUUAUGCAGACACAGCAGAUGCUUUUAAACAAAGAGGAGGCUGUCCUGGAGCUAGAGAAGAGAAUUGAAGAGUCUUCUAAGACCUGUGAAAAGAAGUCUGAUAUUGUGCUUCUGCUAAGCCACAAACAGACCCUUGAAGAGCUGAAACAAUCAGUCCAGCAGCUGAAAUGCACUGAGGCAAAGUUUUCAGCACAGAAAGAAUUACUAGAGCAAAAAGUGCAAGAAAAUGAUGGGAAAGAGCCACCUCCAGUAGUAAAUUAUGAAGAAGAUGCACGAUCAGUUACAUCUAUGGAAAGAAAAGAGAGGCUCUCCAAAUUUGAAUCUAUUCGCCAUUCAAUUGCUGGAAUAAUCAGGUCUCCAAAAUCUGUACUGGGCUCUUCAGCACUCUCUGAUGUGAUCUCCAUAAGUGAGAAGCCCCUGGCGGAACAAGAUUGGUACCAUGGUGCGAUUCCCAGAAUAGAAGCACAAGAACUGUUAAAACAACAAGGAGACUUCUUGGUGCGAGAGAGUCAUGGGAAACCUGGUGAAUAUGUCCUUUCUGUAUAUUCUGAUGGACAGAGGAGACACUUUAUCAUACAAUUUGUUGAUAAUCUGUAUCGAUUUGAGGGUACUGGGUUUUCAAACAUCCCUCAACUAAUAGAUCAUCACUAUACAACAAAACAAGUCAUCACUAAGAAAUCAGGUGUAGUUCUACUGAAUCCUAUUCCGAAGGAUAAGAAAUGGAUACUCAAUCAUGAAGAUGUCACAUUGGGAGAAUUACUGGGCAAGGGAAAUUUUGGUGAAGUAUAUAAGGGCACAUUAAAGGAUAAAACUAAUGUUGCUGUUAAAACAUGUAAAGAAGAUCUUCCUCAGGAAUUGAAAAUAAAAUUUUUACAAGAAGCCAAAAUUCUCAAGCAAUAUGAUCAUCCCAAUAUUGUCAAACUCAUAGGAGUUUGCACACAAAGACAACCUGUCUACAUCAUUAUGGAACUGGUUUCAGGAGGUGACUUCCUCUCCUUUCUGAGAAAGAAGAAGGAUGAACUAAAACUCAAACAGUUGGUGAAAUUUUCCCUAGAUGCUGCUGCUGGUAUGUUAUAUCUCGAGAGUAAAAACUGUAUACACAGGGACCUUGCUGCAAGAAAUUGCCUAGUAGGUGAAAAUAAUAUUCUAAAAAUCAGUGACUUUGGAAUGUCUCGUCAAGAGGAUGGUGGGGUAUAUUCAUCAUCUGGCUUAAAGCAGAUUCCCAUUAAAUGGACGGCACCGGAAGCUCUUAAUUAUGGAAGAUACAGUUCUGAGAGUGACGUGUGGAGCUUUGGCAUCCUCCUCUGGGAGACCUUCAGCUUAGGGAUCUCUCCCUACCCUGGAAUGACAAAUCAACAAGCAAGAGAGCAAGUGGAAAGAGGAUACCGGAUGUCAGCCCCUCAAAACUGUCCAGAGGAUAUUUCUAAAAUUAUGAUGAAGUGUUGGGAUUAUAAUCCUGAAAACCGCCCUACAUUCAGUGAACUUCAGAAAGAGCUUACUAUCAUCAAAAGGAAAAUCUCAUAGAGUGCCAAGCUCAGCCUUCAAGACUCUGUCCUCCAGCAGAUUAAUACUGUUGUUCUCAUUAAUGAUGAGUUUAUACUACAUUGCCAGCAACCAUCCUCUAAGGUUAUUUUUUUUAACUUUUUUUAAAAAAUAUGUUCCACUUUAAACUAUGUCAAAGGCAGAUUUAUCCAAGAAAUAGUCCUACCAAGGGCUUUAUUGGCUAACCAAGCAAUUCUACCAUUUCAGGCCUCUGUAAAUAGAAAAGCACAGGUUCUAAAUGUGUGAAAGAUUAAAAAUCUAUCUUUUUCACACCUAGGACCAUUGCUGUUUCUCAAAGGUUUUCUACUUCAGGCACAUUUUGUGGGCUGCUGUCCUGUGCCACAGGCCCUACUCAGUCGGUGCUAUAAGUUUCAUUGGUAUUGCAUGUUUGCAGGACACAUUCCAAACACAGCUGACUUUCUACUCUGCCAAGGUGAGAUUCCAUCUGUAAAUAGACACUUGUAGGAGGAAGUAUUUGGGCCUCCCAGGGUUUUUUGUUUUGUUUUGGGGGUUUUUUUGUUGUUGGUGCCAGAAAUAAGCCCAGUAAGAACCAUCAUGCUCCUGCAUUAUUAUGAAAGUUGUUGUUUCCCUCAGUCCGAACAUCAGGAAAUGAUGCAUGAAAUGUCCUUAGAGUACACUGUUAAAAGAUGAUAUAGAUUGCUGGGAGAGCAAGAUGUGCAACCGGGAGGGUAGUCUGACAAAAAGAGCAACUAGAGUGGUGAUCAAAGUAAAGGAAAACAUAAAACCCACCUUAAGAGUUAUGCCUUUAUAAACCCAUGCAUGUCCUUUUUAAUGUUGUGGUUUGAAUUCACCAAAAAGGCCCCAAGAAAUGUUUCAGGAAUCUGCAGAGCCCUCUUAAUGGUAACAACAAAAAUUUUCAAGGCUCUACCAUGUACAAGUCCAGAAAAGUGACAGUAUACUCAUGGUUAAGUAUCUUCCUCUUAGAGGAGUCAUCCCAGAAUGUAAUUCCCUCCAUUUGUUCCAGUUUCCAGAGCUGCCAGAAGUCAUGGUUCUAGUUCACAAACAUUUGUGUGUACACACACUACCGAAGGGCAAGUCAAGUGUGAAUUAAAUAGGUGGUUCAGAAGUCAAGUGAAUACUAAUGAGGAAAUAGAGGGACAGCCCUCCUAUUUCUAUUUUUUUUCUUAAUUUACCCGUAUCAUGCUUCCUGGAAAUCUACAGUAGCUGACAGGUGUGCAAGCAUAGUGCUGAAAAUGUAUCAUGUGAAUAAAAUGUAACAGCAUUAAAACUAGGAUUCUGUUGAGCUGAAUCUUAAUGCAUCCAGGGAAUUUACCCCGCCAUCUGUACAGCAUUGGCUCUUAGGACAGGUGUGUAGGAGAUGGUCGCACUCAGGGGUUAAAUGUGGCCUGGAAGUCUUUAAUAAGUGGUUGGGGCUUUAUACAGUUAAAUAUCACCUUAGUGAUUAUUUGGUUCAUGUUUUUUGGAAGAGCUUAAGGGAUAGGAAAUUCCUCUUUCUCUCACUGUUUGCUGCCUGCAAAUAUCAUUGUGCAGAACUCACACCAAUACUUUAAAAGAGGGGGUGAAGGAGAAUACUGAAAAGAAAAAUGACUGCGUCUAUCAUUUCAAUGUCCUUGCAGAUUUUGUACCCGUUUAAUGAUUAGUACACUCAGACUAAAAUGAAAGCAUAAUAAAUUGCCCUCAACAUACAAAGCAACUUAUUUUUAAUCAUCAUGUUUCUCUCUUAGGUAAAACAUUAUAAAUAAAUGGAACUUUCUUUUGAUGGCAUAUACCAUGGUAAAUCAAAGCAUAGACUCAGGCAUUAAGAUUAAGAAGACAAGACAUUUCUACCCCUUUCAGUAUUUCCAGAUGAAUCUCUUUGCAGUGUUUGUAAUUUUUUUUUUUUUUUAAACAAACAGCCUCUCUUCACUUAGUGGCCUCAGCAAGGACAGAGAAUAAUGGUUCUGGCUUUAAUUUUGUGAACAAGACCCAAAGCUUAAUCCUUGCAUUCUGGUGUAAAGAAUGAACAUGGUAUUAAUAUUUCACUCAUCCAGGCUGUUAGAAUUUGCAAUUCACAUCAUAACUCUGCUUAAAAUUAAAAAAGCUUUUCAAAACAUCAUGACAUCUGCAGCAUUUAAAUUCUAUUUUAUUCCUUGUCCUGAAGCAGGCUGUGGUACAGUUCGAGAUUAAUAACUCAUUGGGUGUCUUUCAGGAUCAUAUCAGUUGUAUAGAAUAUUAAAUUUAAUAUAGGCUCAUGCAUUAAGAAAAGCUUAUGCAAACCAUUUUUACUGUUAAUUUUGUUAUGCUUGAAGCAUAAUUUAUUCAUCCCUUCUGUCACUGAUAAUUAUUGGAAUUAUGUACUUUAGGAGGCUAAUCCAUACCCAGAAAGUACAUAUAAACACUGUUCUGAAUUUGCAAGUUGAUGCAGGGGAAAAGAGGUUUCAGAAAUGCACCAAAUCCUAUGAAUUGUUUAGUAAGAAAACAGUUGUAACCAAAUUGCCAGUGGUUUGAAUGUAAUUGAGUCUGGUCAUAAAUAUUUGUGUUAUUAAUGGAUUAUCCAAGAGUUGGAUGUAUCACUACUAUACAGCUCUCUUCUUAAUUCCAUAAAUGCAUUAAUCCAGAGUGGGAGGUGUGGUAAACAAAGGCAGCCUGACUUUUACCUGCAUAUCUCCCUUGAAUUACCAAGGAGCCUUGGUGAGGAAUAUUUAAGUAGUUCAUAAUUUUCAAAGAAAAAUUUUUAAUCACCAAAUUAACAUUUAUUACCAACAUGUGAAAGCUAAUUUUAUAUUCCAUGUAAUCUAAAGUUACAUCUGUAAGGUUACAUCUGAAAGCCAACAUGUUUUUUUUCUUCUGGGAAUUAAAUAUUACUAGGUUUUGUUUAAACUUUCAGAAACUCAGAUUUUGGUUUGGCUCGUCCUGCCACAAGGUUCCUAGUGAAAAAUCUCAUUUGUUUCUCUUAUUCUCAAAUUUAACAUGAACAAUAAUGUUCCUCAUCCAUACUUCACCAAUUUCUCACAAAUACUUUAUUGAAACAUUUCCUAGCUGAUCAGCAUAAUUGUGUCCGGUGUCAUUUAGUGUACAUUUCACAAUUGUUAUUUAGGGUUACUUCUUAGAAGACAAAGUGUCAUAGUUCUGUUUUUCUUUAAACUAUAGUAUGGUUUUCCUGACGUUUCAGUUUUGCCGUAUAGUUUUUAAAAGUUUUGGAAGUACCACUAAAAUAACUUUGGCUUAACCUACUGGUGUGUCAAGAACAAAGUGUUUUAGUAUAACAUAUAACACACCCUGAGGACCUUGUGAACAAACAUUAGAAUGACACCUAUCUGUAUUGUAUGUCACUGUUAUUCAUUUGUCACAAUCACACCACUUCAUCAGAUGCUUUAAGAGUAUACCUGGACACCUUUCCUAGUAUGUUUCAUGUACACUAUUGUGACCAUGUGUCUUCUCCAAGAAGGAUUGAUAUCUGAGAAGGGUUACUUACCCUUCUUUUUACACAUACUCCCUUUGUGACACCAGUGAUAUUUUAGAGGUUUCUCGUCAACAGAAUUGGUUGUUCACAGUAGUAUUCUGAAUCAUGGAAAAACCAGUAUGUAGGAAGAGUCCUUUCAUUAGACAAAACCCUGCAAAAUAAAACAACAAAGAAAAAGACCAUGUUUUCUUUAUGUAUUAAUAUCUCAAGGGGAAUCAAAGACUUUAUAUGAAAGUGAGUUUAUAUUACAUUUCCAUUAUACUGCUAAGUUAGCAUGAAAGUUUACCAUGAACGUGUUACCUCUUAUUACUGACUUGCUUAUACAUAUCAGAAGUGUUUCAUUAAAGAUUUUAUUUUUCUCUGGUUUUGGUUAGUUUCACAUCUUGUCUAAAUGCUAUAUUGGGAAAAUCCAGAACUACACGCAUUUCUGCAAAGAUUUAAAAAGUCAGGAUUUCAUGUACCAAGAUUACCUACUUGAAAGAGUUAUUGCUACAAACUUAACAUCCCAUAAAAUUCUCCUUCAAAAAAUAAUGCUCUAAUACAGAGCACAUAAACUACAUAUCUUUGCCAUAGUUCAAUUUAUGAAAUAUAGUACCCUUCGAAAACCAUCUUGCUUCCUCAUACUGAUUCAAAGAUUAAAUUCUGAAUCGUUAAGUAUAGACAUUAAGAAUCACCUAACUACCUAAUAAGGACUCAGAUUCUUAGAUGGUAGGAAAAUCCUGCUGUGCUAAAUUCUCAGUCCCUGGAUGCAGAAGUGAAGAGCAUGGGCUGCAGGCUGUUGCUCAGGUGCUGAGGUAAGCAUAUCCUAAGAGGUUGAGGCCGCCCUAUGGAGUGUGCGGAAAAAUUAAAGUGCAACAAAGACAUGGGCAAGGUCACUAGGAAGCCUGAGGAAAACAGUGCCAUCAGGCGAGAUCCUUUCCUACAGAAAAUAAAAUGGAACCAAAAAAAGAAAAGAAAAAGUCACCUGGCAGGUUGUGGGCCUUUGCACAAGCAAACCAAAUAACCUUCCUUGCAUUCAAAGCAAUUUCAUGUCUCCAAGUCAGAUGAUCCUGUGCUGGGUGACAUUCUCCUCACUGUCCUCCCACAUAAUGGAUUUGGUAACAUGUGUUCAAACUUCUCCAAGAAAUCACCCCAAGUCAUCUUUACAUUUGUUAGUUUUAGUCUUUCGUAAGAGCACUGAUUAUUCACACUCAGUAAAAACCUUUGUUUGCAAUGGAGCUUAACCUGGGCUCAAGUCUCCUAAGAGGCAAUUCAAUUAUAUCCACCCUGCUUCAACUCUUGAUCCAGAUUAAUUAAGUGGUUCCUAGAGUGACUCACAAAGGACCUUGCUGUGCUGAGCUCUACUUUGGGAAAAUGUAGAAUUCAGCGGGAAAAUAGGAAAAUACCAGAUUAGUAACCAGGCCCCUUGUCUUUAUACCCAUAACAUUCAAGUGAAAGGAGUCUUGGAAGCACCCUAAAGUCAGUCAGAAUGCAGUGUGGCUAAGGUAAGAGACAAAUGCAGAGAAAGAGACAUCCAGAAAGGGAGGUUGAAAGGAGAUGAAGGGCUGCAGCUAAGGACCGAUGCAGGAUGAUUGCAGGGCCAACCUCCCAGCAAAUCACUAGUGUCACCAAGGGAAGCCAGUCCUCAGAUGAGGGUUGAAGGACUUCCUGCUGCAUGUUAUUAAAUAUUACGUGCCUCUCAGGUCUCUACAACACUUUAAGAGUGUUGAACUGGAUAUGGGUUUGAUUUUCUUUGUGCUUCCUGUAAUCUCAGGAAGUAGCUGCUGUUGAAUCAUAGUGACCCUUGGCUCUGUUCUGUAAGGCUGCAGACAUGGUAGUUCAGCCCAUUACCUAAGCAGUGGGAAGCUGACAGUACACAUGCCUAGGGUAGCCAGCAUUGAGAGAAAAUUGCUGUGAAAGUUCCUGUUUUUCAUUUUAUUAAUGAAAAAAUCUCUCGCAGGUGUCCUUUGUGACAAGGCAGAUUAGGUGUCCUUCCUUGCCAGAGAACAUCUGAGAACCCCAAAUGAGAAUAUUUGGGAUUCACUCAAAAGUGAUUCAAACCUUGAUUUUUUUUUUUUCUUUUUUUGGAGUGGGUACUGGGGAUUUAACCCAGGGACAAUUUACCACUGAGCCACUUCCCCAGCCCUUUUUAUUUUGUGACAGGGUCUCACUGAGUUGCUUAGGACCUUGCUGAGCUGCUGAGGCUGACCUCAAAGUUGCCAUCCUCCCAUCUCAGCCUCUCAAGUCACUGGAUCACAGACAUGUGCCACCAUGUUUGGCUCAAAUCUUGAAUUUGUAAACAUUAUCUUUGAGACAAUACGUAAGUGUUCUCAGUAAUAAAAUGUUAAAUGAUAGAAAUGACCCUGGAGGCUGAAUUUGGUUCUCAACUUUGUUCAGGAAGCUUUUCUUGAACAUCUGCCUUGUCAGAGCUUAGUUUUCCUGGUGUUACUGACUUAUGGUUAGAACUUCCUUCUCUCAUCUUCACACCCUCAGCCUUAUGCUUUAACCAAAAUAGAAAAACCUUUAUCUUCAACUUGCUUUGAAUGUCAUAAUUUGCUCUGACCAAGAGUUUCUUCUCGGGUGCUCAGGGACCCCCCGCCUUUUGGGGAACUCCCAGGUUUCUACGCACCAAUCCUGGCCACACUCUCGGCAUGUGAGUGGCACCGUGGCAUUCCCAGCUUAGAAUACAAAGAUGACCUGAUUGUAGCCCUUGCUGGGGACACAGGAUUCUGAGGUAGCAAACGCACUGUCAGUAGAGGCUACUAGGAGGUCUCCUGGGGACAGAAAGAUUAUUUUGAGUGGCUAUGCCCAGGGGCACAGACUAUUGACUCGGGCAUGAAAGCUGAUCAAAAGACUGUCCUCAACCCCCAAGAAAAUGUUGAAAAAAACUAACAAUACUUUACCUUAAACCCCUAGAUGUAUUUGAUUCUUUCAUUCUAUUGUAUGGCAAUUUUUGUUUGUUUCCUUUAUACUCCUCUUAAAGCAAAUGUCUACAAGUACUUUAGUUGCAUAAUGUUAAAUGAUUUUUUCAUACCUUCAGAAAAGAGGGGAGAAAAUAUGGAGCCUUAAGUUCAAAACAAACCAGGCUACCCAGAAAUACAAACACCAAAGCACCACUGUAUUAAAACAUCAGCUCUACUUUACAGUUCCCCAAAGUAGUUCUUUUCCCCAAAAGCUAAACAUAGAACCUUUUUCCUAUUUGCUGUAAACAUCUUUAGUAUCAGAAUAAACACAUUAUAAAUGCCACCCAAAGUAGAUUAUAAAAUGACAUAUGAAGCUAGAUUUCCAAUUAUAUCCAAAGCAGACAACAGAUACACUACCUUUUUGUUUUCAGCUAAAAUACCCCUACAAAACUAUAACCACUUAGGCAAUUCACCCCAUCACAGGACAUCAGAUCUUACUUUGAAAGCAUAGGUCAUAUAUCAGUGGGAAAUGUCAGCAAUGUUCUGAACAAGACAGGAUAAAUGUAAGAUGACCAUAAGAAAGAAAUCCCAAUUCCCACUUCUGAGCAGCAAAAAUCUGAGCAUGAAAAAAAUUGCAUGCGAGCCCAAACUCUAUUAAUGUCUUCCCCCUGUAGUUCUUGUCAAAUAAUACAGCUUCAUGUUCUCUUUUUGAAGAGUCUAAACAAUCUUUAUAAAGAAAAAAAACUAAAUUUUCCCCAGGGACAGCCCAGAUCUUUCUGUGAUCUGGAUUCAAAACCUUGGAGGCUGAGAGGGAAUCUAAUCUGUUAUUACUGGAAUCCUGUGUGAGAAGACCAUUCUGACAGUCUGCCAACUCAUCAGUCCAUGCGUUUAUUUUUAAACCCAGAAGGGAGAAAAAAAUCAAACACCUUUGGAUAUAGGAAUUUUUCUCCUUACAAAUAAUUUAACUUGGUAGAAAUGAACUUACCUGCCUGCUCUUAAGAAACCCUAGAUCGGUAUACACAAAUGUGGAGGGCCUGUGCUAAGAACCAGGCUUGAUAUGGCUCUGGACGCUUCUCCUAACCCAAAGGACAGCAGUUUUUAUGUUGGGCUGUAAGAUGCUAUGGAGGCCCAUUGCUUCCGGUUUUAAUUCCUAUGCUUCAGCCAACACAAGUCCAAUUCCUCUUCAGAUUCUAGGCAUUUUCCCACCUGUGGUGUACAGAUUACAUAUUCUUUCUAAUGAAAUUCGCAGUUUGGGGUUUUAGGAUCAAAGAUAUUGGUUCCAUGACUUUGUUACAGUUUGUGUGUCUGUUUCUUGGUUUGGCGGCUUCUGGUGAGUGCCCUAAAAGAUUGAAACUGUCUGAAUUUGUAACCAUAGACUGUGUAGGGUUCAGGAAAGCCAGAUAAAUACAAGUGAAUGAAAUCAAGUGACCAAAAUCCCAUGAACAUCCCUGACUUCUCCAGAAACACAAGCAAAUUGGAAGCAAAGACAAAACAUACAAAUGGUGCCCAUACCAUUAAACUGUGGGAGGCCACUCGCCAGAAAGUCACUGCCAUUCCUGACAUAGACCCACAGCCAGUGGUUAUGGCAAUGUGAUUUUCUGAGUUACUUUCUCUUCCCUUUACUAGAAGAUGAAGUUAGGGUGGUGAAGGGGGAGUAGGGUCUGCCCUCUGCCACCUGUGGUAUACAUUUCCAUCUGUAGGCAGCAUUUUGAGCAAAAGCACUCCUGUGGUUUACAAAAUUCUUUUAGUGCCAAUAUAUGGUCAUCUUAAUGUCAGGUUAAAAGCACCUUUAGUCGUUUUUGUUAUUUUAAAAUAAUAUAUUUGUGAAGUGGACAAAAGAAACACUGGAAAUAGGGUGCUUCAUCUGGAAAGUUCAAGUGUAAAACAAGAAGAUCUUUGGUGGGUUCAUCUGGCUUUGUAAACAAGUCUGAAAUGAAUGAGAGCUAAAUAUAUAAAGCAAUGUAUCAUUUUUAACUCAGAUCUGUAUUUAACACUUAUUUAUUUGUUAGUUUUUACAUUCAAAAGAAAUAUACUUUGAAUUUUGGCUAACAUUGUAGGCUGUUUAUAAAUUGUUUUCUACAUUUUUAGAACACGAUUUCAUCAUUUUUGUAAACGUAGGCCUUUUUUGAGUAACCUCCUUUUCUUUUCUGGAAGACCAAUUACCACCCAUGGAUCUGA